GUCACGUGUGCUCUGCGGUACGGCGUCGUGCUUUUCGCCCCGCCCUACCCUGCCAACCCCUGCCACCUCUCUGCACCACCAUCGAAAUACAGCAACAAUUUCUCACACACACACCCGCUCCACUGCGUGAAAAAAAAGAGAAAGCGACAGAGCUCUUACUUUAACGUAUGAAAUUUCGCAGUGAUAUUUGUUUUGUUUCUACCUCUACCUCAGCUAAAGCCCGCCCCCCCACCGUAUGUCAGCCCUUUUCACUAUUAGCAUCGCCAUCAUUGUUUGCAGCAGUCUUUUUCAUCCCCAUUAUUGCCCGCUUUUCACCCCACCCUAACCCCGGCAUUUAUUGGAGUGUGUUUUAGUAUGGCAUUUGUGCAUGUAUUUAUGUGGAGUGUUGCUUCGCAAUAGUGACGCUGCUAGCUUCGCUGCCUCUGUCAAUGGCUCUGACGAUAGUUGUUGUGCGACAGAACUUUUGGGGCCCCUCUAAUUAUACCCAUUACUCAGAAGCUCUCACAUCUUUCAACUUCCAGCACUAGAGUAAAACAUUUGCGCACUCUGCCAUUAGCCACUCUCGGUCUUACCUCCUCUUCUUCUUCUUCUAUUAUAUGGUCACAUAAAUAAUGUCUGGUUUAAAGAGCAACGGUUCGGUGCCGUCGCUUCCGCCGCCGCAGGCGAGGUCGCCGCCGCAGUACCCCGAUUUGUACGGGAAGCGGAGGGAGUUGGCCAGGGUUCAGAUGCUGGAAAGGGAGAUUGGCUUUCUAGACGAAGAACUGAAAUCUCUUGAGAGCAUUCCACCAGCUUCAAGAUCCUGUAAAGAGGUCGCUGAUUUUGUAACCGGAAAUGUCGAUCCUCUCAUACCUACAAUUAAGAAGACUCGUAGAUCAUGUCGUUUCUGGAAAUGGCUCUGUGGAGCGUGCUGCUUCGACGUUUCAUGGAUUUGCUGCUGUGGUUGCUCGUGGGAUCUUCGGAUGCCGCGGUGCUCCGACUGUAUGACGUGUAAUUCUUGCGGCAACCCUUGUCGGAACUGCAGAAUACCUGCGUGCCAGUGCUUCCCCUGCUGUAGUAGCAAAUGCUUUAAGAAGUGGAAAUGCAGCUUGAAGUGGUGCUGCUGCUGCAUGCCUAAGCGGUCUUCAUGCCCAACUUGCUCUUGCCCAAGGUGUACAUGCUAUCCUAAAUGUCCCAACCUAAAUAUAUGUUCAUGUUGUCAAAAAAGCUGCUGCUGCUUCCCUUGCUACUACUGUAUGUAAUUUUUUAUGAAUAUAAUCUUGUUUUUCGUCAUUUUAUCCGGGGCCCAUUAACUUGUCAGGGCUCUAAAUGUCUUUUGAUAUGGAGUACUUACAUAGGGUUGAUAAUAGGUUUCUAAUUUACUUAACAUCACCCAA